GCCGUACGUGCGGCCAGGGUAAAUAUUCGUUUUAUUUUUGCAGAAUUUCCCAUUGUGUGUUACUCGAGUGUUUCCGUUUUUAGGUGAAAUGUUUUUCAUUGUGUUGCCAAUAAGGACCAGGAGUGCCUAGCGAUGGUGAAGGGAUAAGGACAGCAAUGCCAGGACUUGGAGCUCUAGGGGCUCUCUCCGUCCUUAAGGAUGGCAUUAAGGAUAAGGCGUCUGGCAUCUUCCGCAGCAAUGUGCGCUAUGAGGAGUUUGAGAUGCCGCAUAAGAACUUGCAAGACGUCCAUCCUACCCUGGGGUACCCCAAGGGCGAAGGCCCGGACCCUGGGUCCCCAGGAUCACCCCCGGAACCGGAGAGACCUCCUCUGAGGCACAUCGACAAGUACAUCGCUCCAGAGUGCCCUUGUCUGACCAAGAGGUACACCAUCGCCAUGCUAACCUGCUUAGGUUUUAUUAUUUCCUUCGGAAUGAGGUGUAACAUGGGAAUGGCGAAGCUCAAAAUCUUUGGAGAGGAACCUAGAAAAGGAAAUUCAUCACAUCCUGACAAGGACGACGACGAUGGUGACGAGGUCCACUUCAACUGGAGUGUAGGCAUGGAGAGCGCCGUGGAUUCAUCUUUCUUCUGGGGUUACUUGGUAACACAGGUUCCUGGAGGUUUCCUGGCCUCGAAGUAUCCUGCCAACAGGGUGUUCGGGACAGCGAUCGCUUGUUCUUCCUUCCUGAACCUCCUGGUGCCAGGUGCCACCCAACUGCAUCCCAUGGUCGUCAUCGUGGUGCGAGUCCUACAGGGACUUGUGGAGGGAGUGACCUACCCCGCCUGCCACGGUAUCUGGAGGUACUGGGCGCCGCCUCUAGAGCGCUCUAGGCUGGCCACCAUCGCCUUCUGUGGCUCCUACGCCGGAGUGGUUGUGGGGAUGCCCCUGUCUGGGAUGCUUAUUGCCUCCUUCAGCUGGCAAGCGCCCUUCUACUUUUACGGAGUGGUAGGGAUGCUGUGGUAUCUGGUUUGGUUGUGGUUAUCGUUCGAACGACCCUCCAAACACCCCACGAUCUCCGGCCGAGAGCUCCUCUACAUCCAACAGUCUAUAGGUUCCACUACCCAAUCGUCUUUGCCUACCAUCGCCACUACACCCUGGCACGCCUUCUUCACCUCCAUGCCCGUCUACGCCAUCAUCGUCGCCAACUUCUGCAGGUCCUGGAACUUCUAUCUGCUCGUGCUCUUCCAGGCCAGCUACUUGCAGCACAACUUCCAUUUGCAAAUCGAGGAGACUGGUUUCGUUGGCGCUCUACCACAUCUGCUGAUGACGGUGAUCGUUCCUUGCGGGGGAAUGUUGGCCGAUCACAUCCGAAAGAAAGGCAUCAUGACCACCACGAAUGUCCGAAAGGUGUUCAACUGUGGUGGUUUCGGGAUGGAGGCGGUGUUCUUCAUAGUGGUGGCCUACGCGCGCACAGCCUUCGCCGCUACGCUAGCUCUCACCUUCGGCGUAGCCUUCAGCGGUUUUGCGAUAUCAGGUUUCAACGUGAAUCAUCUAGACAUCGCUCCCAGAUACGCUAGUAUUCUCAUGGGGAUGUCGAACGGUAUUGGCACCAUCGCUGGCCUCAUCUGCCCAAUAGCUAUAGAUCACAUUACCGAAAAUCAGACCCACGAGAGCUGGAAGCGCGUGUUCCUGUUGGCCGCCACAGUUCACUUCAUAGGCGUCACGUUCUACGCGGUCUACGCCUCAGGGGAGCUCCAGCCUUGGGCGGAGGACGGCGCCGAGGAGAUCAAGAAACCAUGGGAUCCCAUGGAGGGGGCGAAGCAGCCCGAGUCGACGAACCCUUUCCGCCAACCCACCCUGAACUACGGGUCCAUGGACCAGGCGCAGUUCGGGUACACGAAUCACGUGAUGACAGAGGCUGUACAGCCGGAGAGUAGGGACUCGUAUAUGCACGACCCCCAGGGGUACUAGAUCCCUAGUCCCCCUCCAACCAAAGUACUGAAAAGGAGGCUUAUUGGUUGUGCCACCAGAAAACGCUGGGGUGGUUUGGAAUAUAAAUGGUAAAAUGUUGAAAUACAAAAUACAAGAUUAUAGCACUACUUAAAAAAAGUAUUUGAUUAAGAACACGUUAAAACUAGAAAGAUAAGUAGUAUAGGGUAGUAUGUGGUGGAACUUCGGUCCCAAAGGUCUCGGAGUCUAGCCUGGAGUAAUGUGUAAAAACAUAGAAACAUCAGCUUCGGCAAUUUACGAGUACUACAUUUUGAUCAAAUUACUACGACAGUAUUUUAAUGACGAAUACUUAAAACACAAGACAAGAAAGAUCAUUUUUAAACCUAUCACAGCAAAAACCUUCCUCCCAAAUUUCUUUUAUUUCGUUUUUAGUCACUACAUUUACAGUAAUACUCUGAGACAUAAUUGAUAAGAAAUUAAAUCGAAAGUACUCUGAUAGGAAAACAAUUAUAUGGGAAAAAUUGGCCGUAAAAUGUUGUAUUGUAAUUGAAUUGGAAAAAAGCUAAAUAUUAAAACCUGUAUUGAUCCGAGUGUCUGAACCACUUAUUGUUUUGAAAUCUAAAAUGUGGUGCUAACUUCAUGGGUUUAAUUCUUUUGCUAUAAUUUAAAGACAGUUGCGUUUGAAAGUGAUAAGAUAACGCAGCUGGUGGCACAACCAAUAAGCAUAUACGAUAUGUCGAACUAAAUAAUGGUCAAGAGAUUGUAGGCUUGGUUUUUUAGACCUGUUGCCAACUAAACAGUAACCAUACACUUUAUGUAACAUUUAAGUAUACAUUUUCAAAAGCCGAAGCAUCCCACUCAGCUGUUAACAUCUUUUGACAACAAUCUUUUUACAUUCUGCAAACACUUUUACUUUUCAGAACCAAAAUGAAAACAAAUCAAUUUACCUUUUAUAGGUGAUUUGUAAUUUUUACGAGCUUCUUAUUCAAAUACAUUAUAGUAUUAUUUAUUGUUUUAAAUGUAUUUUCAUGAAUAGGUUUCACCUGCUUUACAGUUUCUUGACCAACGGUGUAUUUUGUUUUAGCCUAUAUAAUCUAUAUCAUUUAGAAGGAUUAGCGAAUAAAGUAUCAUAAUAGAUAUAGGUAAAAGUUAUUUUUUCGAACCUAAAUAACUGUGUGCGAAUCGCCGAUGUUUAAUUAACUUUGUUAAAUAAUUAAUAUUUUCAAAGAAUUUCUAAAUAGUAAAUACAAUUUCAGUACAUCUUUUGUCAGGCGCACAUUCAAGUGAAUAAUUGUGAAAUUUAAUUCCCUCAAUUUCAAUUCAAAAUAACUAGCACACAUUCCAUUAUAGUGUAUGUAUUUCAGUAAAAUGAUCAUUGUUCAUUUGUUAAACUAGUUUAGUGUUAUGCAUAAGACUGUUAUUUCUUUAAAAUAAUCGAUGAAUAUUUUUCAAAAUUAAACUUUACAGUAACGUAGGUUCUCAAAAUGUUAUAAACUCUACUGUUUAAUAUUAAACUAGUCAUUUGUAUUAAGUAUCACAAACAUGCUGUUUUAAAGACUGGAUUAGUCCAUGUGAUGUUGAUUUUAUAAUAUUUCCUUAGAACACUCCUGUAAACCCCUUGAAGGUAAUUUGAGUGAAAUGCUUUGAGAAAAUAUUUUUGUAAAUUACGUUCUGCGAGUAGUCAUAAACUUUUUUAGAAAACUUUAAGCUUCCUUUGUAAACAUUCCAAAGCUGUAAAUUUGCUAAAAUGGGAAUGCGUGGUCUUCUACUGAAUACCAAACUUUUAAGUUGACAUAUUACUAUCUGUCGAUAGUGAAAAUGCAGCUCUUUACUUGGUUAAAACACAAUAUUUAAUCUUUUACUUUUAUCUAAUUAUUUUGUUUUUGCUUAGUUAUAUUUAAUACUCUCUAAAUAGUAGUAAACCCAUUUUUCCUAUUCCUCCAGACAGAUUCAUUAUUACUACUAUUUCGUUUUCCAUGCAAUCAAUUACUUAGAGUUUCUAGAUUAUUGAAAAACAGUUUGCAAAUGUUUGAAUAUACAUAGAAGACACGCAUUCACCUAUCUUUAUUUUCAAAGUCCACAUUUUGUGGGCUCGGAUGUUCGCUUCAGAGUUCAGAAUUAAGAAUAUCGUAAUGCCUUUUUGCGUGUUAAUGUUUAUUCGAAGUGUUUCGCACACUUAUAAGACAAUAUAGUGAAUGUACAGAGGUUCCAGUACGCCUAAUAGGGUAGAAUUGCCCCGAUAAAGAUGUUCAUAGGUUUCAAUGUUUGGUUGGAAUAAAACUAUUAUUUAA